AUGCAGAAGAUGCGACGGUUCGUCGAGAAGUUCACCGAGAAGUCGGGGACAUACACGCAUCCUACCGAGGGCGUGACCGAGUCCGUCAUCUUGGGCCUGGCUCAGAAUGUCGACGAGAUCAAACGCCCCCUGUGUCCAUGCCGGUUCUACCCGGACAAGACCGAGGAGAUCAAGCACCGCACGUGGAUCUGCGCCUGCGACGAUAUGCAGAUAUACAAGUACUGUCACUGCCUGCUGUUCGUGGACGAGGAGGGCCUGCCGAUUACGGAGUAUCUCCCCGAGGAUCACGAAGGUCUGGAGAUGUACGGGAUGGUAAAGGACCCGCACCCGGACAAGGGCCGUCCGCUGCGCCACAAGGCAGAGGAGCGUGAGAUCGAGCGUCGGGAGCGACCGUCCUGA